AUGGACGAGGUCCUUGCGACUUCGGGACAGGGGCUCGGGGAAUUUGCUGUGGCUGGCGAUCCGAACGGAGCGCUGGCCUAUGCGGAUGACCUGGUGCUAGUAGCUAACUCUCCCUCAGAACUCCAAGCUAAGCUGAAAGGCUUAACUAAAGGACUAAGAGAGUCCGGUAUGGCAUUGAACAUCGCCAAGUGUCGGUCUUUGACGAUCAGGAAGCUAGGGAAGAGGAAGCUAGUUGUACUGGAGCUUCACUCCUACAAGAUCGGUGGUGAAGUAAUACCGCCAAUGAUGCCCAGCGAGGAGGUCCGCUACCUCGGUUUGCCAUUUACCUGA